CUCUUCUUACCUAGGAGAUCACUGCCAUGGGAAAGAAUAUCCUGCUCCUUAUGCUGGGCCUCUCCUUUGUGAUAGGCUUCCUGCAAGCUCUGAGAUGUUUGGAGUGUGGUAUGUUAAGCUCAGAUGGAAUUUGUGAGAAAGGAAACUCCACCUGUGAGGCUAAAGAGGACCAGGAAUGUGGCAUACUGGUAGUUUCUCAAGGUGUUGAUAUCCUCUUUGGGAUGCAAGAUUGUUCUUCUCACUGCUUAAAUAAGACUUUCCACCAUUAUAAUCUAACACUGGAUUUUACAUGUUGCCACGACCAAUCACUCUGCAAUGAGUUUUAGAGGCCAGGCUACUUCUUGCUCAAUUCCGAUGCAGUGCUGUUCCUUGAAUCCUGGCAAUGGAGCAUGUCAGCGAGCAUUCUACUAUUGACUUGUCUUGAAGCCGAUACCUUGUCUUUCCAUCGUAUGGCUUAGAUGUCUUUUGUAGUCUACAUUUAAUUUACUCCAUUGGAUUUGAUGCUCUUUCAUUCAUUGUAUACCUUUAAAGUUUUUCAUCAAUCCUUCAUAGUUGUCUAGAUUACUUUCUAUUACAUAAUAUUUGCAUUUA